AUGGAUGGGGAACAGAUCUGCAGCUCGGAUGAAUCAUUAAAAUCAGUGUGUGCACCGGAAGAGUGGGUUGUGGUGUCGAGCGCUAUAGGCAGCAAAGGUAUCGAGAUUCCUUUAUGUCCUUCGCAUGGUGUGCUGCAUGUCAGGACACUAAAAAAUGUUUUCAAGGAUGCCACAGGAUUAAAGUAUCGAAACCCCGAUACCGGCCUUGAUAGAGUACUCUUGAUGGAUCAUGAUGAAACGUGUUUUAUAGCUCCGACUGGAGGGUGGAAAAAUAAAAUGUUCACUGUUGUGCGUUCUACAAAGUUUGUUCGCCCGCUAGGAAACGCGAAGAAGCAAGUGAAACGAUCAUUAGCUAACAAAUCAAAGGCGAUGGUUGAUAUGGAUUCAAACUCCGAUGGGAAAAUGAGAGCCGCAUCAGCACCAGAAGGUGCUUGUUGA